ACACACACACACACAGCUGGAGCAUUUACACCGACUCUGUCCCAGGUGCGUGUGGAGUAGGCUACAUUAGAUCUGACUUUAUUUUAUUCCUGCAUUCUGAAUUUCCACUCUCAGAAUGAGUGCUCGUCUAUGGACGGAGGAGCAGUUUAACUGCCCCGUCUGUCUGGAUCUGCCCUCUGACCCCGUGACCAUCCCAUGUGGUCACAGUUACUGCAUGGCCUGCAUCGCAGAUUACUGGGACAAUGAAGGCAGGAAAAACGGCAGCUACAGCUGCCCGGAAUGCCGGCAGACCUUCAACCCUCGUCCCACUCUCUGCAGGAACACCAUGCUGGCCGAAGCCGUGGAGCAGCUCCGCCGAGGGGCCCUGAGCUCCGCUGGCCGAGAGUCCAUCAAGAGCGCGCGGAGCGCCGCGUCCUCCGCGUCUGAGCGUGCGCGCGCACGGAGCAAAGGGGCAUCGAAAAAGCUGCCGGGUUCGGCGGUGCCCUGUGACCGCUGCCCGGAGCCCAGAGCGGCAGUGAAGACGUGUUUGGUGUGCAUGGCAUCGUUCUGCGAGACUCACCUGAAGCCUCAUAACACGCAGGAGAAGCUGAGGAACCACGAGCUGAUCGCGCCCACCAGUGACCUGAGCCAGAAGAUCUGCCCCGAGCACAAGUACCUGCAGGAGUUCUUCUGCCGCUCCUGUCAGAUGUACGUGUGCUGGCUGUGCACCAGUAACCAGCACAAGGGCCACGAGAGCGCGUCCACACAGGCAGAGAGGAACGAGAAGCAGAAAGAGCUGGGCGCAGUUCUGUCUGAGAACCAUCAGCGACUCCAGGACCGAGAGAGAGAACUGAAAGACAUGAAGAAAGUCUUAGACACACUCACGAGGUCCUCAGAAACAGUGCGGGACGAGGCGGACGCAGUUCUGUCGGAGCUCCAGGAGUCAGUGCAGAGGAUGCUGGAUCUGCUGCAGGACGUGAUGGUCUCCACUGCGCAGGAGAAACUCAACGAGGCCCAGGAAGUGGUGAAUAAACUGGAGGCCGAAGUCAAACAACUGAAGAAUAAAGACGGGGAACUGAAAGAGCUCAUCAACUGCCAGGACAAUAUCUACUUCUUGAAGACGUACCAGUCUCUGUGCUGCCCGCUGGAAGGAGGAGAUCUGGGAGCUGUGACCGCGAACCCUGAAGCCACAUUUGAUCCUGUCAAGAGCGUUGUCGUCCAGCUGAGGGAGAAAGUGGAGGAGAUGUGUGACCAGGAGCUGGACAAGAUCAACAAGACAGUGUACAACACCACAGCGUUCACAGUUGCAGACCGCAACGGACAGAAGACAGGAGGCAUAAUGAAACUGUUUUCUGGAAAGGGAGCCAAAGCCACUCGUGCACAAGGACCCCCACCACUGCCUUCAGUAAGCACACGAGGAACAGUGAGCACGCGUGCACAAGCUGUCAGAAACACUGAGCCAAGAGUUAACAGAGGUGUUACAAACUCCCCAAGACAAGCCAGAUCCCCGAGAGAGGAGAGAGAUGACAUUUCUCACUCUGCAGCUGACAGGAGUCGCAGUUCACUGAGACCAAGAGAACCACAGAGGAGAGAGGAAAGAGAAAAUGAUGCAGACACACGGAGUUUAAGUUCUGUGAGAUCAAGAGUGAGACCGAGAGGAGAAGACCGAGAUCAGGAAAGAGAAAACCAGGCCUCUCCAAGACGUCAAAGCACACAGAGUAGAAACACACGUGAUGAAGAACAAGCGGACCGCUGGAGUUUGAGUUCAAUCAGACCGAGACUGAGGAGAGAGGACAGAGAACAAGUCAAUGGAGAAGCUGAGUCUAGUCCCUCACAGCAGAGAUCAGACGCUGUGGACAGACAGCAGCCGGCCAGACAAUCGGACAGAUGGAGUCUGAGCUCUCUCUUACCUAGAAACAGGAAGAAGAGACAGGACACAGUGAAAGAGGCCACACCCACUAUCCAGGAGGCGGGGUCAGUGAGACCUCGUAGCCUAUCCCGUGCCAGUGCCUGGGGAGAGCCAACAGAAGUGAAUCCUGGCCUGUUCCUGGACUCACCGACUUACAGUCCUGCCGUCAAUCCUGCUUUCCCCACAUUGAGAGAAAUUAACAUUGACAGUAUUCAGGCCCCGGAGCCCAGAACCAGAGACGAGUUCCUGGAAUAUGCUUGUGAUUUGAUCCUGGAUCCAAACACGGCCCAUCGGCGUCUGGUUCUGUCUGAUGGAGACACUGUGGCCACGCUUCAGCAGACGUCCCAGCCGUACCCCGACCUCCCUCAACGCUUCGACGGCUGGACGCAGGUGCUCUGUCUCCAGCCCCUCUCCUCUGACCGCUGCUACUGGGAGGUGGAGUGGAGGGGGCGUGGCUCCUCUCUGGGCGUGGUCAAUGGUUCCAUGCCCCGCAAAGGGGCGGAUUCAAGGGCGGGGCUUGGGUAUAACAGCCAAUCGUGGAGCUUGGAGCUGUCAGACAUGUGUUGCGCAGCCAUGCACGCCAAUCAGAAGGUGGAGAUCCCAGUGACCUACAGCCCUCGAGUCGGGGUGUUUCUGGACAGGACCGCAGGGACUCUGACUUUCUAUAGCGUGGAUGAUGAGUUGGUUCCUCUUCAUGCUUUUCAAGGGUCAUUCCCACCACCGCUGUACGCUGCGUUCGGGGUGGGCUGCGGGGUUGGCGUGGGCCUGGAUUUUGCCAUGGGGCAGUUCAGCUCCACGUCAGACAGCAUUAAAAUCUGUCCCUUGUGAAUGAGCGAAUCUCACAAAAAUAAUAUGCAGGUUUUAUCUCACCCCAAAAUCAAAAAAAAAAAGGGUGAAUUAUAUUUAGCAAGAAAUGAAGCCUAUUGGUAAGACCAAAAUUAUUUUUCAUUAGGAUUCAGUACUUCCCCCCCAAAUUAAUACUACCAUAAUGUUUCUAGUAACAUUUUUGUACAAUUAUGAUUUUCAUUUCAGCAAUACAGCCAUGUUAAUCAUUCGGUCUAGACAUUUAU